CGUGGACAAUGGUUUGAUCCGGGAGAGAGAGAGAGAGAGAGAGAGAGAGAGAGAGAAGCAGCGAUCGAGGGCUCACGAGGACAACGUUCUCACGCGCUCCGUUUCCCCGUGGAUGAUUCACGUCGCGAUACGUCGCGUGCGAGCGCUCGUCAAAUCGGGCAUUAAUCGAUGCAGUUCCUCGGUGUGCAAGCGCGACGAAGUGUCCUGCCCGAUCCGAUCGUACGUCGUCAUCCGACGUACUGGUGAAACAGCAGCACGCGCGUCCCGAAUAUCGAAAAGAUGGCCAUCGCUGCCUCGGAGAAUUAUCAGCUUAAAUGGCACAGUUACGGGGCGCAUUUGCACAGCUCUGUUGCGACUCUACUCCAGUCCGAAUCUUUUGCGGAUGUUCUGUUGGCGACAUCCUGCGGCCGGCACGUGGCGGCCCACCGAUUCGUCCUCGCGGCCUGCUCGUCCUAUCUCAGUCACAUUUUCCAGACGUGCCACUUCGGCGCGAACACCAACGCUCCAAUAAUCGUGGUACUGCCUACGGAGAUUGGAUAUCGUACCUUGAAGAUACUGAUACAGUACAUGUACAGUGGCGAAGCCACCGUAACGAAUGACCAGUUGGAGGGAGUCCUGAAGGCCGGUGAUAUCCUGCGUGUACGCGGACUGUGGAGAUCGAACAGCGGCAGCAGCAAGAAGGAAAACAUACAGUCGAAUAAUCAGAAAAUCGAGCGUGACAAGAGGGAGCCGUCGCAGCUGACCGGACAGAUACAGAAGAUCAAGCUGAUACAGCCGGCUACGGAGAAGGUGGCGGAGGGUGCGCAACAAGCGACCACGACCUGCCAGAAUAACGUGCAACCAUCGAAACCGAUGGAGAGGAAGAGCAUCGAGAAGAUCGACGAGAAGAGUAACGACUCAGACGGCAAGAAGAUCCUCGAGGAGAACAAGAACGAGCAGAACAAGAACAAGGAGAAUCUCGAGACGAACAGCAAGAAGAAGAAAGCGAGCAGCGACUCCGAAUCGAAUAAGUCGAAGAGCGAAGGUGGCGAAAACACGGAACUAAAUCUGGAACUGUUAGUGAAGGAUGAGCCAAUCGAUUGGGAAGAGACGAUCGAUCCGUCGGAAUCGCUGACGAUAGACCACGAGAUCGAUAUCAAACCGGAAAUCGUGCACAGUGCGGAUGAGGAUGGGGACAUGGAGGAGGAGGAGUACACGCCGCUGACGUGCGACAUGUGCAGUCAAACGUUUAACAGGCCGUCGGAUUGGGUGAGGCACAUAGAAUUCACGCACGCCGACAUGACCGAGAACCGGAGGAAGAAACGAAAGGACGACAUGAAUGACGACAGCAAGGAGUUCCCGCCGCUCAAGUGCGACCUGUGCGGCAACAUGUACUCCACGCCGCAGGAGUGGGUGCGUCACAUACAGACGGAGCACACGGAGGAGCAGCUGGCCUUGAUGAACAACUCGGCGCCGCCGAAGCCGAAGAGGGUACACAAUCACCAAAAGCUGUGCAACAUAUGUCAAAAGGAGUUCCCGAGUCACGCGUCGAUGGUUAUCCACCAGAGAACGCACACGGGCGAGAAGCCGUUUCUCUGUUCCUACUGUAAAAAGGGCUUCAACGUAAAGAGCAACCUGCUGAGGCAUUUAAGGACACUGCAUGACAAAUACGUGCACCCAAGCCUGUACGGGAGCAACGGUAGCACGAACGCUUAAAGGCCCCUUCGCAUCCCUCAUUCACAGACGCGUAUACAGAUUUUCUGUUUUGCAUGGCGUUCUCAGAGCCGUGGAGAGACCAUACAGCAUCUUGCGUAUGUAUGUAUGUUCAAUAUUACGAGUAUGUCUAUAUACGUAGACUGAACGCGUAUCUAUAACGUAUAACAGGAUGCCAAAUUGGAACACGCGUGACGUGUCAAGAGAGCGAGAGAGAGAGAGAGAGAGAUCGAGAUCUGUGUGAAUCUCCCCUGAGGAAGCAUAGCUGAGCGCAUCUUAAAAAUUCACAAUAUCGCAUAUUGGAGAGAAAUCUAUACAAACUAUUUUUUCUAAAAGGUAGUAAUCGCGUUCUUUACAUAGGCUAAUCUUCUUUUUAACAAUGUAUGAUAUAUAUAUGGACAGAGCUCCUCUCUCGUUAAAUGAACUUCUGAUUAAGUUAAAACCAGAAAGCAAUAUCAGGGCUUUAAUACCAAAGAGGCUGAUUAAUAUUGCCAAACCUGUGUCUAUCGUUUCGUUAUUUUUUAAUCUUUCUCAUUUUUGUUUCCUUCCUCUAACGUAUCGUGCAUGCGUAAGGACGUUACUUGUUUUACCGAGAGAAAAAGAAAAAGGAAUCAAGGAUUUCGUUUUUAAUGUACGAAGAAUAAAAAAACGCUGAAUGACUACUACUACUUGUAGAGAUCCGACGAGGAGUGCUCGCGUGUAAAAAAUAAUUCUAUAGUAUAAAUCAAUAUUUAACGAUUGAUUAUUAACUUAAUUACUUAGAGUAAUUAUAUGAAAAAUCCAAAUUAUGUAAGAUUUAACUGUAUACUUCUAGGCUAUUCCAUCCAUGAUAUAGCCCUUUUAUUCCCUCAGCUCGUAAGUUAAUUAUGUAUUUUUAUAUUAAAGUAGCUUAAAGACACAAACAUAUAAGAAGUAUAAGAUACUUGCAACUAAGCAAAACUUGAAAUUUCGAUUUCUAGGCUAGGGUGUAAGAGUAACAUAUAAUUCAAAAUUUAUCAAAUUUUUUGGAAAUAUAUUGAGUUCUUCUUACAUAUAAAAAAAAAACGAACAAUGCGAUGUUAUCAAAAUACUGUCACAGUCUCUGGAACAGUAACAAUGUGAAUAUUGAUUAAGAGGAUGACACCAUUUUGCUAUACUAAUCAUUAUUGUGUCACUCUACUAUGAAUUUUAGUGUCAGUCAAUUCUGCAAUGCGCUAGCACUGUGACGAGCCAAAUAACUUUUAAAUGUAAAAUUAAAAUAAUAUAUUAUCUUAAAAG